AUGCCCAAGAGAAAGGCUGAAGGGGAUUCUAAGGGCAAUAAAGCCAAGGUGAAGGGUGAACCUCAGAGGAGAUCCGCAAGGUUAUCUGCUAAACCUGCUCCUCCAAAGCCAGAAUCUAAGCCUAAAAAGGCCCCUGCAAAGAAGGGAGAGAUGGUACCCAAAGGGAAAAGGGGGAAAGCUGACGCUGGCAAGGAUGGAAAUAACCCUGCUGUAAAUGGAGAUGUCAAAACAGACCAGGCACAGAAAGCUGAAGGUGCUGGGGAUGCCAAGAGAAGUGCAAACUUUAAGGCUCUGCUGGCAGCAGGCUCUUGUCUAUCGCCUUAUUAUCAGACCCCCAUUAGUUCACUGGGAAAAACAUUACUUGUACCCCGUAGGAAAAUACAGUUGGAAACUCUCCGCUUCGCUUUUCCCUACUUCGUCUCUCUGGUUAAUUCCUUCAGAACUCAGUCCUCCUCCUCAGGUGAAAACUUUAAAACCUAA